AUGUCCCGCAGCAACGCCGCCUUGAGACUUGGCAAGGACAAGCACCCGACGACGACGUCGAACCCGCCGCAGCCAUCUCUCUCUCUCUCUCUCUCUCUCUCUCUUUUUCGUAGCCAGAUGGUACUACUAAAUGAAGAAGUCUCUCUCUCUCUCUCUCUCUCUCUUCUCUCUCUCUCUCUUCGCCUCUUGACUCUCUACUCUCGUCUCUACUCUCGUCUCUCUCUCUUUCUCUCCUCUCUUCUAACCAAUUCAAGGCACAGGACCAUUGGUCGAACUGUAUUCUCGUCUCUCUCGCUCUCUCUCUCUCUCUCUUCUCUCUCUCUCUCUCUCUCUCUCUCUCUCUCUCUCUCUCUCUCUCUCUCUGUGCCGAUUUUGGAGUUGUGCACCUCUGCGAGUGGCAGGGGAGAAGGUGGGAAGCGUCAAGUGGUGAACAUAUGCUCACGGCUGUUGGGUGCACUGAUUGAUGCCACGUACGACUUUCAGAGGAGGCCAGUGGUACGCGACGAUCACCUUUCCAAGAGAGGCCUCUUGGAAACUGACUGCGCCACCCCCGGUCGGCAAGUGGUAGUGCUGACAGGCGCCAGGCGAAAGACCGGUGGCCGCCGCCACGCUUAUGCACAAACCCCACCGCCCCAAGGAAACGGACGAUUCUUACAACAACAACAGCCUGGGUUUGAAACCCAACCUGUCGCUCAGCCAGGGUUUGAAACCCAACCUGUCGCUCAGCCAAUGAACAGUGCAAGCUCGCCAGCUGAAUGGCCUUCCUCCGCGCAUGGAGCCACGCAUGUUGCGACGCCUUCCAAUGCCCCCAACCAAGUUGGAUGGGAAGCCCAAGCCGAUCCACCCGCAUCCAGCUCCAGCAUGAUGACGACCACGGGGACUUACGAUGCUACCUCAUCUGGCGCCGAAUCUCGCACCCAUGGUUGGACUCAAGAAGAGCAAAAUUGGUAUUUUCACAAUGACCCUGAGCGCUAUCGGCAAUGGUACAACGAGGCCAUGGCCAUCUAUAACCAGCAACAGCAGCAACACCAACAACAGGAGCAGCACCAGGAGCACCCGCAACAACAGGAGCAUCACCAAACAUCAGUGGCACAAGACGUGAACCCUGAGCAACAAUGGUCUGGCUCUCCUCAUGCUCAGCAGUCCAACUCUGCUCAGCAGGACUCGGCUGCCCACUUUUUCAAUGACCCUGCCUCCUCAUGGCCCGGCGACUCGGCACUUCCCAACUCGUCGACAGCGGCUCCGACACCCACGGAACCACCUCUGACGAGCCCAUCUUUUUCCGCAACCCAAUCUUUUGACAGCGAAAUGCCCUUUGCUGGCGCCUGGAAUCAACCUGCCAAUGCCGCUGGCUCGGCAGCCUCCUUCUUUGACGCCGCCGGCCGCACGACUGCUCCCGAUAACUCACCACAAGCAAAUAGUGCAGCCCAACUCUUUGCCAAUGAACAAAGUAGUGUGCAAACGGCAACCCCCAGUGCCAGCACACUCUUCGGCAACGCCUCCCACCGGGCUGGAGAGGUGGUUGAACAUGACCCCACGGCAUCCUACCCUGAUGCUGGUGGAGUCCAGAUGCCCUGGGAGACCGAACCAGCGGUUGCAACUUCAAGUCACGAUGCCCAUCUUCCUCAACAGCAGCCCGAAGUGCAGAGUGGAUUGCACUUUGAAGAAGCAGCUGCACCUCAUGAGGCAGUAACCAAUGCCUCAUCAUUUUUCGCACAAGAGCACGCAGAUGUGACUGAUCAUGAUGUUCCCGCAACGUCGGGCUCGGCCACUACCCCACACUGGGUUGAUGGUGCCUCCUUCAACUUUGGUGCUGAGGCAAGUAACAAGGAGGCUGUUCAGCCGGAUGAACUGUCGGGGCUCACCAGCUCCAUUGAGACCCCAACCAAAACCCGAGGGCCCCAGGUUCUCCUUGACACCACCGGCAUGACUUCUCAUCCCAUCGGGGAUUGGAAUGACAGCGAGCAUGACACCAGUCCGCUUGAUCAAGUCUCCGACGUGGCAGACAUUGAUCCCGAGGCAACUCACAUGGAGGGCCUGGGCUUGGACAUACCUGAUCAAGAAGAGGAAACGCCUCGGCAUUCCCUUCCGGGAUCAGGCCGGGACAGCCCUGGCGCCUAUGGCUUUGAAGUCAUUGCAAGACAUGGCGAUGAACGCGAGGUCGAUACUGCCGCCCCUCUUCCACCACCGACCACCACAAACGAUCCCUCCGCCUCUGUCGCUGCCAAUACCACAAACGAAAUGACCCCCAAGGCCGCAAACCCGGCUCCUCCCCCCACUGCCAUUCAAACAACAUCGGAGACCCGCCAUGAUGAGUCUGAAGAGGAAUUACCUCCUGAUCCGGAGGAUGACCCAGUCAACUGGCGCAAGCUCAAGUCUUCCAAGGGGCGACUGUACUUUUACAAUGAUAUUACGAGGAAGCGCCAAUGGCAAGCACCUUCAUGUUGGGUGGAAGUCGAAACACCACCCGACUCGCCGCCUCCCGAGGAGGAGACUGCGAGCGCUCGCCAGGAACGUGAGCGUCGUGAAGCUGAUUUACGCGAAGCUGAGGCGCGGUUGCGGCAACUCAAGGAAGAGGCAUUGCGGGAAGAAGAGCGAGCUGCUGAAGAGCGCCGUCGCAGGCGAUUGGAGGAGGAGGAGAUGGCCAUGCAACGGCUCAAUGAGCUGCGCUUAGAGCGCGAGCGUAUCGAUGCUGAGCGCCGAGCAGAGGCUGAUCGCAAACGCAUUGAGGCCGAGCGGUUGCAACAGGAGAAGGAAGAGCGUGAAGCAGCAGCGAUGCGCCAGCGACAAGUUGAUGAGGAAGCCCGCGUGACCUGCUCGCGGUGCCAACAUCAAAACAGCAAACAGGCGCGCUUUUGUGCAGAAUGUGGUAGUGCCCUUGCCGCUGUACCAAGCCAUUGCCAAAUGCCCAAUUGUAGCAGCGUCGGUUCGGACAAAAAGGCCACGUUACAAAGUCCAGAUCAAAUGCUGCGUGGUCUCAAUGGUGGAAAUCCAAUGUACAUGUGCCACCAGUGCGCCCUCUUCAUAGCUUCUGUUCGACCUGUCGAGUUUGUCUCGGUGGAAACUGGCGAGCUCGUGGAACUUGACGACAUGCUCUCUAUGCGCAGUGCAUCCAUGUUUGGCGAUGUUUCGCGGUGGCAACCCAAUGUCUCCUUUGCAGGCGGUCCAAGCCCUGGCUUGGGGUCGGGCCGCGGAAACAAGGCGCCACCAGCUACCCUUGGCGCUGCACCUGAGGGCCCACCAGGCCGAUACAUUGGCGGCUUGCCGGAUAUGACGGAUGAUAUCAACAAGCAGUGGUACGAAAAUCAAAACAUUUUUCCAGAGGACGACCGAUGGGGCACACUGCUCAUGCCCGAGGUCGAUGACGCCGAAAUUGCUGCAGCUCUCAAUGACGACCAAACUGCCAGCCUUACCUCCUCACAAAUGGCUCUUGACGGAGGUUAUGCCGUCAGCGCCAGUUCACUCAGGCCUGAGGAUGCCAGUGACGUUGCCAGUAGCGUUGCUCCAGAGAUGCCACCGCCCCGUCCCGCCUUCCCUCUCAUCUCCUUCACCGCCACAGGCCUACUUCUUACCAUGUUUCCGUCAUCGCGCACCUGCACGGUGUCUGUCCCCAAAGAAGAUGUGAUGGAAGAGGUUGGCGGCGAGACUGCACCCACCCUUAUUGGUGAAAAGCAGUCAACAAGUAGUGACGACGACGACUCAGAGCAUCACGAUGUGGCAACGCCUCCUAGCACUGAUCCUUUAGACCGAGUAGUCGCGCACCUGGUUCGGGAUGCGCUUCGGGCAGCUGGCAACGAGCUCAAUGUGGACAUUGUGCUUGAUCUUGAGCCUUCGCACACCCCCGUGCGUUCCUCCACACCACUAGCACCGGCCGAGCCGGCAAUGUCACGGGACUCCACCCCGAACCCUUCGUUCAGCGAUGCUCCUGCAGUAGCUGAUAUAGACGUGUAUGAAUUUGAUGCCGAACUGGCACGCCCGGGACGGGUGGAGCUGUAUCGCUUGGCCGACCUGGUCGAGCUGGACGCGGUCGCUGAGUCUGCGCGGGAAGUGGCUGCACCUCUGACCUAUGCACUCUCGCGUCAGCGUGCUGUUGAUCUGGCCCGUCGCCAAGCUGAGGCCAACCCUGCUCUUGCCGACCUCUGGUCCCUACUUGCGAUUGCAACGCAACACAACUACAUACCCAUUUCGUCGUGUGAGAACCAGGCGAGCCUUGAACUUGAGCCUGCUUUCCUUGACCACUUGGCUGCGGAGCUGUUGACGGCACAUGGGCCUGUUCAAAAUCAAGAACUGCAGUCUACCACGACCUCGACAGCUGCGAGCCACCCAACCAAUCAUCACCUCUGGCCGCACGCACUGAUGCUGGCACAUGACAAAGGACCAGCCGUCUAUCGACGUGUUGUUUUGCAGAUGACAGAUGCGAUGUUUCAGCCGGGUAACGUCAUGCAUGUGCUAUAUGCCAUGCUGGUGGGCCGGGUACCAGCUGCCCCGCCUGCUGCACCACCCCUGUACGACGAUGUGACCGGCUGGCGCCUAACCCUGGCCACCCUCUUGAACAACAACAAAAUGGGCGCACCGCAGGUGGUUGCACAUUUGGCAGCAUCGCUCUUGGAGCAGACCGAGGUGUCGGGGGCUCACGUGUGCCAGCUUUUGCUCGGCCGGACGCCUGCAUUGGAUCUGCGUCCGAUGUCAGAUCGCCAAUUCUCUCUUUUGGGCCGUUCGCACCGCGAGGCUGUGCCUCUGCUGCAGCAACUACAACUGAUGGAGGCUUACAAUUUUGUUCGUGUUCGCUGUCACGGCCCACGAGCCCAGCUGCCGGGCAUGCUGAGUGCAUAUCUUCUCAUGGCAGAUCUCUGGAUUGAGUUGGGUGAGCUUGAGCUUGGUCUUCAGUACUGCGAUGCGUUAGCGGCUUUUGUCCAAGAGCAGGACAUUGCCACUCUGCGCGCGCUGCGCGCGACGCCUGCUUUGCUGCGCGCGGUCCUUUCUCGCGUUGUAAGCCUCAUGGGACAUGACCCGAAGCUGGCUGCAGCUACCAGCAUGCCAGACUUUUGGUCUCAAUCGAUCCAACAACUUUUGGAACAGCUGGAACAGGCGCCCGUCGUCUCAAUGGGUGCAUCGGGCACGGUAGAGAGUAGCGUUUUUACACCAAGCCCUGAGGCACAAACCGCACAAGUGGCUGAGCCUCAUGUGCCAGAAGACCAUGUUGAUUCAGUUUUGAACCCAGGCGAAGAAGACAUGGAUGAAGCACCCAUGGCCGAAGUGCCCAUGAUGUACCAAGCUGGUCCAGAAAGCUCUUUGGGAACCAUUGACCCCUUUUUCAUUCCGACGCCUGCUGAGGACAAUGAGCCCGUGACCGGUCACUACAUGCCUGAGUCCGACCCACCGAUUGAUGCACCCGCAACUCUGGCACCAGAGCAGACUGCUGUUGCCGAGGUAGCACCCAGCACGGCCGAACUGUCAGCAGGCCCUGCCGUUGAUACGGGCGCGGACGCUGCUGAUGCUGGCGUUGUGCAGCAGGAAGCAGACAUGGACGAGGAAUUGCGGCGGCAAUGGGAGGAGUAUUACCGACAGCAAGCUGAGUAUGAACAUCAACAACAGCUCUACCAGCAGCAGCUGCUAGAACAGCAACAGGCCCAGGAUCUAGCCCAGGCCGCGCCCAUCUACCAGGUCAACGAGGAAACCGCCACUCAGAACCAACCUAGUACCAAUCAAGAGCGCAGUGGGAAUAGUGAGAAUGUUGACGCUGUGGCGCCGCGGGCUGCUUCCCCCCAAGAAUCUAGCUUAGUUUCGGCGCCCGUGAGCGGAAGUGGAUGGACUCCUCCAGGCUUUGGUGAAAGCACGACGACUGCUGCUUCGGAACAGGACGCACCAAUGGCUGUGCCGGACCAACAAAGCCCUUCCUUACCUGAGCCAACGGCGAGGACCAAUCAGCCGAAGAAUGACGAAGAGGACGAGGAUAAAGAAGAGGAGAAAAAGCCGCCGUCAGCUCCGAAAGCAAGCAGCAGUGGAGGGGUGCUUUCGUGGUUUGGAUUUUCCUCCAAGCCCAAGGUGCCCGUGGCCAAGCUGGAGGACGAGGAGACGCUAUACUACGAUGAAGAGCACAAGGCGUGGCUGCCCAUCGAUGAAGAGGAGAAGAAAAAGGUGCUGGCGGAGCGUGCCAAAAAGCUCGCGCCCCCGCCUGUGUUUGCAAGCACCAAUGUACCUGCAGUUGAUACUGCCUCAGAGGUUGGAGGUGAAAAUAAGGUCGCUAACGGAAGCGGCAAUCCGAUGCCAGUGCAUGCACAGUCAGCACCGGCGAGUGCCACGCCCGCUGAGGCCAUGUUUGAUCCCAUGCAAGCAGCCAUGCUCGCCUCCUCUCAGGGCAGUGUCCCCGUUCGCUCAUCCCGCAAGCCGAGACGACGCCAGUACUCUGCCACGCCAGGCAUGACCACCAAAUCCCCUUCACAAUUAGAACGCUCCCAUUUACACUCACACUCGCCCGCCUUCUCUCCUCUCUCUUCUCCUUUUCUCUCUCUCUCUCUCUCUCUCUCUCUCUCUCUCUCUCUCUCUCUCUCUCUCUCUCUCUCUCUCUCUCUCUCUCUCUCUCUCUCUCUCUCUCUCUCUCUCUCUCUCUCUCUCUCUCUCUAG